AUGAAUCGUUGGCUCACACUGAUCUUCCUGGUGGCAUCCAUCGGAGGAAUAUUCUCGUUGUAUUCAGCCAUUUCGGUUGGUUCCUCUGGUCUUAUCAACAUGGGAACUCAGCUUCAGUUACUUGGCGCCGUGGUGAACAACUAUUACAACGCCCUCAACGCAAACCGACCCUUAGUGAACGCCACCUUCAACGAUUUUGGAAAUUACAUCAACAAGACAUAUACUGCAAUGAACAAAACUUACGGAAUAACGCAGAAACAAAACUUGGAGACACUGUUGAUGGCGGUUCCAUACUUUAACGAAGCCGUUUGGAACGGAGAGAAGAUGACCAGUGGCGUGAUUAGAGAGGACCUCAAUCAAAUGUCCUACAGUCUUCAGAAGACGAUCGAUACCAUUUUUGAGUUCUUCCAAAUAUCGACACAAACCAUAAUUGCGUACGAUCAGUCGUUUGCUCGGGAUAAGUGCGCUGCCAAGAACAUGACCCAAAUGAUCGCCGUUCCCAGUUCUUUGAGCAAGCUAGGACCGUGUCUUCAACAGGAGAUCAACACUGUUAGCGCCAUCACCCCAACAAUAGUUGCAACUAUCAAACUAUUGAAAAACGAUCUGGCUGCGUUUAACGAUCUUCUGAACAUUUGUCAGCCUACGUCUACCACGUGCCUUGACGCGGUAAGUAUAAUAUCUUGA